GAAUUGACAGCCCAACAUUGGUUGAACGCAUUGCAGCAUGUGAUUGGAAGAUGAUGAUGGUAGUUUCCAGCGAGAGAAGAUCAUGGUUACACAAUUUAGGCAGGACUACAUCCAAGAAGUCUUAUUCUGUUUUGUUGCUUUUUGCUGAGAGUAAACACAGAAGCCCUUUAAGGUGAAGGAUCCGCAGUAGAAGUGGAAGUUUAGGAGGGAUCUACAUGAGGUUGGGACUCAGAGUACUGUGUCCUAGUCACAAAGAGAGGCAGAGACGCAGAGGGGACUGUCGGCUGGUGCAGGCGGAACCAAAAGAUAUUUAAUCAGCAAUUAGAAACACCUGAGGGCAAGGGAAAUUCUACUCCAGCCUAGAGCUUCAUCUCUCAGCCUGCAGCAUGAUGAACUACCAUGCUGGAAAAUCCUUGCUUGUGAUGCCUCUGUGCUGGAGGACCGGUGACAGCUAAGCACAGUGAUGGACAUUUCUGAGCUGUGCAUCUCCGACCCGCUCGGCUACCACAACCAGCUGCUCGGCAGAAUGGCCACGGAGGAGCGGCACCUCUCCUCCAGCUGUGGGUCCUUCAUCAAGACCGAGCCCUCCAGCCCAUCUUCUGGCAUCGAUGCCAUCAGCCACCACAGCCCGAGUGGCUCCUCCGACGCUAGUGGUGGCUACGGCAUCGCCAUGGGUGGCCACCCCAAUGGCCUAGACUCGCCACCCAUGUUCAAUGGCACAGGGAUUGGCAACGGGUCCUGCCGUAAGCGUUACGAAGACUGCGCCAGCGCCAUCAUGGAGGAUUCGCCCACCAAGUGCGAGUACAUGCUCAAUGCAAUCCCCAAGCGGCUGUGCCUGGUGUGCGGGGACAUUGCUUCUGGGUACCACUACGGCGUGGCGUCCUGUGAGGCGUGCAAAGCCUUCUUCAAGAGGACUAUUCAAGGGAAUAUUGAAUACAGCUGCCCGGCCACCAAUGAAUGUGAGAUCACGAAACGGAGGCGCAAGUCCUGUCAGGCCUGUCGCUUCAUGAAAUGCCUCAAAGUGGGGAUGCUAAAAGAAGGUGUUCGUCUGGAUCGAGUCCGUGGAGGCCGUCAGAAAUAUAAGAGGAGGCUGGAUUCUGAGAGUAGCACUUAUCUGAGCUUACAGAUCCCUCCUCCAGCUAAAAAGCCAUUGACAAAGAUCGUCUCUCACUUGCUGGUGGCUGAGCCAGAGAAGAUUUAUGCCAUGCCUGAUCCAACCAUGCCGGAGAGUGACAUCAAAGCCCUGACAACCCUCUGUGACCUGGCAGACAGGGAACUGGUGGUGAUCAUUGGCUGGGCAAAGCACAUCCCAGGGUUCUCCAACCUCUCCCUUGGGGACCAGAUGAGCCUCCUGCAGAGCGCCUGGAUGGAAAUCCUCAUCCUGGGCAUUGUGUACCGCUCCCUGCCGUAUGAGGACAAGCUUGUCUAUGCUGAGGACUACAUCAUGGAUGAAGAGCACUCUCGUCUGACGGGGCUGUUGGAGCUCUAUCUGGCUAUCCUACAACUGGUGCGCCGCUACAAGAAGCUCAAGGUGGAAAAGGAGGAGUUUGUCACGCUCAAAGCUUUGGCCCUCGCCAAUUCAGACUCCAUGCACAUAGAGGACAUGGAUGCAGUGCAGAAACUCCAGGACCUUCUCCACGAAGCCCUGCAGGACUACGAGCUGAGUCAGCGCAACGAGGAGCCCCGGCGAGCAGGCAAGCUGCUGCUGACCUUGCCCCUCCUGCGGCAGACGGCCGCCAAAGCUGUGCAGCACUUCUACAGCAUCAAACUGCAGGGCAAGGUUCCCAUGCAUAAACUCUUCCUAGAAAUGCUAGAGGCAAAGGUCUGACAGCCCCAGCACCAGCCGACAGUGGCCGGGGAACAAACUAGAAACAAAGAUGCAGACAACGGAGCAAUCCAAACAGCAGCAGCAGCCACCGCCGGCUUUUAUCUCCAAACAUUUAUUAUGGAAGAAUUAUUUAAUGUCUCUCUGUCGGCGUGACUGCAGAAUCUCAUGUACAGGAGGGAGGAAACUCUUUUAAUGUCACCUGUUUCUCUUUUUUUUUCAUUUGUUUUCUCUGUGGGAAAUACCAGAAUAUGCUCUUGCACUUGUUGAGGUGGUCAUCAGGGCAGUGAUGCUCUCAGCACUGUCCAGGCCACCUGCUCCCCAGCUCCCUCUGCCAGUGCUGGAGGGGAAGUGGGGACAGAAGCAGGAAGAGAAGAGUCAAUAUAAAAUUUAUCUAUUGAUGUUAUGAGGGGUCAGAUAGGAAAGCAGCCAGGGUCCUUCUUUUUGUCACCUUUCUGUCUCUUAACCAUAGAGCAGAUGCUCCUUUGGAGAAGAGCGCUGCUGGACCUCUCCUGAUCAAAACGGCUGCCUCGCAGGCUCCUCUAGCAACAGCGAACACUUGUACAUACAGGCCCCACUUCUUACCGGGAAAGAUGCUCCUAACUGUGUAAGAUAUUCUGCGCCCUUGUACAGUGUGUCAUUACGCCUGGCUAGUCCCUCCCAUGUACAAUCCCCGCAGGCCCCUGAAGAGGUAGGAUGUAUGUCCCUGAGAGAAUGCACGUCUCCGUUCCCAGAUACCAAGAAAAAGAGAAAAGAUCCCAAUAUUAUUCUUCAGUGCUGGGUUGACUUGAUAAUCUCUGCAUCCUCUCCUAUGUGGUGCUAACUACAAUUCUUCCAUACUUUUCACCCCGUAGUGUAUCAAACCUGCCUCUUCAGCUCAGCUGAGUGCCAUUCCCCACUUGUUCUUGUGGCAGAGAACACAAGGCUUUGUCUGCAUGGUUACUGCCCAAGUAUAAAUGCACCCCAAACCAGGGCUUUCCUAGGCUUCAUUAAAGUGAUAGCACCUUCCCUCCACAGGGACUUAGGUUUAUUGCCAAAUGCUAGUUAGGAAUCAAGGGCACUGCUUUUUGGAAGAGGCAGCUUUUCAGCCUCAGAGAUUGCUUUUUGUGGCAGCCUAGGGAAAUAAAUUAGAGGCUAGCACAAAACCCCCAAUAACCCAAAUACUGUCUUCCCAUGCCUCAUCCCUUAUCCUCAGCAACAGCAAAACAGCUAGCAAUGAUUGUACCUGGGCCUGGUAAGAGGUUGUCUUGCUGAUGGAAAAGCAAAUACCUGACCUUGAGGUGGUGGGAAAAGAGGUGGGGGAAUGUUUAUUCACUUUUCUCAUGUAACCAGGUUCCUGUUGUCCCCAAGCCCUGGUUUAGAUCUGCUGCCUAAGCCACAACUGCUGCACUCCCAGUAGCCAGAGGGAAUGUGUGUGACUAACAGAACUGGCUGUUGGCAUUCUCUGAGAUUUUAUUUUCUAGGUUACUUAGUUUUGAGCCAGCCUGAGCUGAUGAAACCUGAAUGUAUUGUCUCUAUUGUGGCUAGUGGCAUGGCAGUAGAGAUGAGAAAAACUUCUACAUGCAAGAUACCACCAGCUCUGCUGCCCCUGUUCCCCUCAAGCAUCCAUCCCUUCCUGGCUAGCCCAGGAGAACUGUGGUAUGAUAGGGGAGUAACUUGCCCUGGUAGGAAGCCUUCCAAACCAGGGUUGAGGCAUGUGAUCAGGGAGACGCUGGAUGCUUGUUUCCUGCUGGAGCAGAAUGUGUCACAGCAGGGCUGUCAGUGCUGCCAGAACAAGGCCCAGGCUCAUGCAAAGCCAGGGGGCACUGGCUGGUGCUGGACUCUCAGCUCUUGUAACCAGCCUGCUCCUGGUACUUAAGUUUGUUCAGUUCCAUCUCCUUGGAGUUUUCCCUACACAACAUGGUUGUAGCUGCUCUCACUCAUUUUGUACUCACUUGAUAAAGGAAUUCAGUCUUGCUUCGAGCACAUUAGUAAACCAACGCCUAUGGGGCAGAAGGCACAUGGGAGCUGGGUCUGUUUCCAUGUUCACAGCAGUAGCAAUUACACAAUGGCCUUGUGCUUCUCUCCCCAGAGGCAGCUGAGGAGACAACAAGAGGCUUUUGGUUGCACUCGUGAUCCCUGUACUGAUCUGUGACUGAGAGGGACCAAAGUGAAAUGCACACCGACAUUAUAGAGCCAGCUUGCCAUACACUGCACCCUGUCAACUCUUAACUGGCUGUGGCAUAAAUGCUCUCACGAAUGUGCUGGGCUGCACUCUCACCUGUGAGUUUGACUCAAUCACCAGUCACUGUUGCUCACCUGCCAAGCCCCAUCCAGCUCAUCCACAGCAUAUUGUGUUCUAACCUGCUAUGCAAAGGUAGCUGCCCAAAACGGGCUGAAAAAAACAAGCAAUUCUGACUCUGUUGGGACCUGGCUGGAAAGGUCACUUAUUAGGAAAAAAUAAAAAAAGGCUGUUCCGCCUUUUCAUAUUUGAACUCAGGCCUGCUUUCCAGAACAGAGAGGGAAAACAUGAUCAUGGAGAGCUGCUGAGUUAGCUUCUAGCCCACAGAGAUUGCUGGCUACUUAGAGUAGGGCUAUGGUACAGAUGCAACUUCUGCCUUGGCAGAAAAAUAUAAAGCUACCAAAUGUAUUUUCUCCAGGACCCUCUUUCUCCAUUACGGCUACGUAACCUUGGAGCCCCUCUGGAUAUCCCACAUUGCUUGAAGAAAAUAUGCCUGGAAAUGUUUGCAUUUUUUUCUGAAAUAGGAUGGGAACUGAACCAGACAGUAAUUAGCAUAUAUUAAUCUCUUUAAGCAAGGAAUGCAAACUCUUCCCCAGGAACUGGGACAGAAACACCUGUCUAGAUUUAACCCUUAAAAGGCUUGUACCAUCUUAUAUUAGGAACCAGGUCAUGUCUCUUGAGCCCUUCAGACCAGUGCAGGAAUCACACACAUCGCUUCCCAGUUUUUCUGAUCUGCUGUGCAUUACAAGGCUGCCACAACUGAGGAGUGUGUCUAGCUGUGCAGUGAGCUGGGCUCGCAGAGAAGGGUAACAUCUUAGUGUAUUUGUCUCAGUGCACUUCAAAGUAGGAAGUGGAACUUCAGCAAUCACUUAGGUCUUUGAAUGCGCAGAGUCUCUUACAAAAAGGUCUGGGAUGUGGAAGUUGACAUAAACUAGGAAAUGGGGUCUGGGUCAGGGCUCUAUAUGCUGUUUAUGUGUAAUAUAGGAGUCACAGAGUCAGCACCAUACAGCCAUCGUUCUGCAUGGGGCAAAAGAUGAUGGAGCUUGAGCCUUGGGACAGAAAUGAGCUCUAUGACUUAAAGAAAAGAAAAGCAGUAGAGGUAAGUGUAUCAGUGACAGUGGAUGAGCAUGAAGCCUACGUCCAGCAGCCACGGUAAAAGCAGCUCCAGCCCCCGAUUUGCAUGUGCUGAUAAUGGAAACUGCGUACCUGUCAACUGCUACAAAAGGCAAGUCUUCCCAAGUGACCAGCUCCUCUGUUUUGGGCACAUUCUUCUCUGGGAACAGCAGUGUCUAGCCUGUAAAACAGAACAAAUUUUGUGGGGAUCAAUUAAAAGAAAAGGUAAAAUACCACACAGAAUUAGGUUUCUGGGGAAACUUGAGCGUUACACCUCGCAGCAAAACUGUGAAGCUACAAGAAACUCCCUCACAACAAUCAGUUUUGCAGUAUUGCUCAUGCUAAGGGGGCAUUAUUUUUCUCUUUGUAAGCUAAGUCAUCUUUUUUUUUUUUUUUUUAACCUAUUACAAAUAUAUAAAAUAAAACAUGUUGCACCAGAAACAUGUAAGCAGCUAGUAGAGGGGAAAGUCAUUAAGAAAGACCCUAGAAUGUAACUUGUUGAGCUUUUCUUACAAAUCAGAGCUGAGAAAAAGAGCUUCCACUUUGUAUCCACAAGCUACAUCAAUUGUCUGGCCAAAGGCCAUUCUGUUGUCCUUGUGGCUGGGUUAUGUGGAGAAGCCAGAGAUACAGAGGCUGUGAGAAUGAUGCAGGGAGUUAUAGACAGUCAGUGAAAUAAACAGUAUCUACUUAACUAUUAUCUGCUCUUGAAAAAAAAGAAAAAAGAUAAA